AUGUCGAGACCAUUUCAUCAUCCCUUCCAGGAAGCCCAGUUUGACAUGUUCGAUUGGUAUCCCACGUACCAAGCCUGCCUUCGCUUCUUUGUCGAACAUGGCCAGCAUGACAAUCCCGUGCAAACGGUCGCCGCCAUAGUCAACAUCAAACUUCCAUUUCAGAAAUCAGUCACUGGUGCUUCGCCUGCGCCCACCAACCCUGACGUCGUCCUCGUCCUGCCCUACGUCCGCCGCCUUGUCGCCACCGGAUUCGACACGCCCGCCGUCCUCCACGGCUUCUUCGGCGACGACUGGCAACAAGGCAUCGGCCCCAUACACGAGUCGGAGCGGAGGAACUACCUCUUCGCCGCCAAGAGCGACACCUGGCUUAAGGUCAAGGCCAACUACGACAUGGACGAAGAUCAGGCCGUCCCAUUCCUACGUCCCUUACAGAGCGUGACGGAAAAGGAGAUCGUCAACGCAGAGGCAUGCUGGAGUGAGUGGCUGGCCAUGCAGGACUGGAUGCUCGGCCCGAGGGCUCCCUCCAGGGGCUAG